GUUUAAAUCUACGUUUAGACAUCUUAUCUCCAAACAAACCCCUAUCUAUCCUAUUCUGCAUUUGCAUUCUCUCAAUGGCGUCUUCUUCCUCUCUAUACUCUCUCUCUUCCGUUCUGAAUCAACACCACUGCAUCAACCUUCCUAAACAAUGCUCAAUUCUUACCCUCCGACUCUUCUCUCUCAACACAUCUCGUUCUCUCUCUAUCUCCAACACUCCAUUCUUCGCCCGCCGCCGUGCCUCUGCCCGGAGCUCCGCCUCCGCUCUAUCUCACACCAUUUCCAGAAGCUUCUCGCUGUCUCCGGUUUCCGGUGGCAGUAGGUUUUCUGAGAUUCCAAGUCUUCAUCAAUUCAUGCCCAAAGCCACUGCUACGGUCACCGAUUCUGCUGUUUCCCAUCCCCAGCUCCACUCAAACACUGAGUCUGAUGUUCUUCCGAAAGGACGUAUAUACCAUGAAACUUAUGGAUGCCAGAUGAAUGUCAAUGAUAUGGAGAUUGUCCUGUCUAUCAUGAAGAAUGCUGGAUAUAGUGAAGUUGCUGAAGUUCCUGAGAGUGCAGAGAUUAUAUUCAUAAAUACGUGUGCGAUAAGAGACAAUGCAGAACAGAAGGUGUGGCAGAGACUUAAUUACUUUUGGUUUCUUAAGAGGCAGUGGAAAAGUAAUGUUGCUACAGGAAGAUCACAGUCCCUGCAUCCUCCAAAAGUUGUUGUCUUGGGAUGUAUGGCCGAGAGGCUCAAGGAUAAAAUAUUGGAUUCAGAUAAGAUGGUUGAUGUUGUAUGCGGGCCGGAUGCUUAUCGGGACUUGCCACGGCUGUUAGAAGAAGUGGAUUCAGGCCAGAAAGGGAUCAACACACUUCUCUCGCUUGAAGAAACUUAUGCCGAUAUCAAUCCAGUGCGUAUCUCGAAGAAUUCAAUAAGUGCAUUUGUCUCUGUUAUGAGGGGUUGCAAUAAUAUGUGUUCAUUUUGCAUAGUUCCUUUCACUAGGGGCCGGGAGAGAUCACGUCCUGUGGAAUCCAUCGUUAGGGAGGUGGCAGAACUUUGGAAGGAAGGAGUCAAAGAAGUAACUCUUCUUGGGCAAAAUGUGAACAGUUACAAUGAUACGUCUGGUGUUGAAGAGGUUGAAUUCGGUGGGAACUGGAAGUAUAGUGAUGGUUUUUCUAGCAGGUGCAAAGUGAAGAAUAUGGGUUUACGCUUUGCUGAUCUGCUCAACACACUUGCAACUGAAUUUCCAGAUAUGAGAUUCAGAUACACUUCCCCUCACCCUAAAGAUUUUCCUGAUGAACUAUUGUAUGUCAUGCGAGACAGAUACAAUGUCUGCAAAAGCAUCCAUUUGCCUGCACAAUCUGGAAGCAGUACAGUACUGGAAAGCAUGCGCAGGGGGUAUACCCGGGAAGCAUACUUGGAUCUUGUUAAACACAUACGCACUAUAAUUCCUGAUAUUGGGAUAAGCAGUGACUUCAUAUGUGGAUUUUGUGGGGAAACAGAGGAGGAUCACGAGGAUACUUUAAGCCUCGUUACGGCUGUUGGCUACGACAUGGCAUACAUGUUUGCUUACAGCAUGAGGGAGAAAACACACGCCCACAGAAACUAUGCUGACGAUGUUCCUGAUGAUGUAAAGCAGAGGAGAUUAACAGAGCUUAUCGCAGCUUUCCGGGAGAGCACAGGUCAGUGUUUUGACGCCCAAAUUGGCUCAGUCCAGCUCGUGUUAGUUGAAGGGCCCAACAAGAGAGCCCCUGACACAGAGCUCAUCGGGAAGAGUGAUAGAGGCCACAGGGUAUCAUUUGCCAUUCUUCCAGUUCCAGAUAGAAGUGAUAAUGAUGCUAAAAGGAACCCGAAAGUUGGUGACUUCGUGGAAGUUCACAUACUAAAAUCUACAAGGGCGUCACUUCACGGGCAAGCACAAGCCAUCACAACGUUGAGCUCGUUUCAUGCUGAUACGCGUGGAGAACCUCUUUCCUGCCUCAAUGGAGCCUAGGAUCGCUGUCAAUGAGCCUUCCUCGCACCAGUAUUCCUUAAUUUGACGCAUUUUGCCUAUCAUUUACUUGUACGUUUCUCAAUGCUGAGGUUGCAUCUUAAGCCAGUCAUGUUAUAAUUAUGUAGAUAAAUAGUGAGAUAGAUACUAAAUUAGGCAUUUUAUAUGAGUACUUGUAGUAAUACUACAAAAGUUUGAAACUUAGGAUCUGUGAUGCUCUGUGAUCAAUGGUGGCAGCUAAACUUGUUUUCAUUCUGAAAUUUAAUCAAUAUUUGUUUGGAGAAA